UAUUGACGGUGGACUUAGGCGCCGGCCUGAGGUUGGAGUUUGUCUGCAAGGCCACAUCGCCUGGUGAACCUGACACGAUCGGAGGAAUCACCUCUCACAUCAAGAGUCGAGACACGGUGGAAGUCUCUUCUCGCGACCCCUCGGCACUUUACACCUACAGGAAUAUGGCUAAUAGGUCAACUUGGCUGCCCAUGGACCGACUGCUAGGGAACAG